AUGCUGAAACAAAUCCAAAAAAGUAAGGAUGAAGAAGCAGGCAAAAAUGAUACAAUUACAGCGAUUCUUAGCCAACCGGUGUGCGAUGUGUUCGUUCAGCAUGACAAAAGUUUCCGUCAAACGGAUCGUAAACAGUACGAAAAGAUGUUGGAAGCACGAACGGAUGAUUUUGUGAGUAUUACUCCAUCAGAAAGUGUUCACGCAGCUUUGACAAUUCAGACUACCUUUCACAACAUAUCGUUCAUCAUACAAGGAUUUUUAUCAGGAUUCGGCACUUUUCAUGCUGUUUUUGCUUUCGCCUUUGCCGAUAUUGAUAUACUUCAUAAAGGUUACACAUGGUUGGCGAUGCCAAUUCAAGCUACCUUCUACGCAUGCUUUGUGAUUAGCACCAUUGCAGCACUUGACAAGCUUGAAAUAAGUUCUAGUUUAAUGGAUAACUUGAAACGUGGAUUAAGCUUACAAAGUGGUGGUUUAGAUAUAUUAUUAUGUUUAAUUGGUACAGUAGCUACGUUGGUAUCAGCGUUAUAUGAUGAAUGGCUUGCAGGACCAAUGAAACAACGAGAAGAGAUUUGGGAUAUUAUAGUUGUGGACCCGUUGGUUGCUUGGCGUUUGUUAAGUGGUAUCCGUGCAGUAGCCGGAUUAUUAAACUGGCUGCUUCUAGCUCUUUCACCAAAUAGCAAUAUUUUAUUAAAACAAAUUCGUAAUCCGGAAUCAGUUCAUGAAAACUGUGAAGUACCGUAA